UCAAACAUUAUGGGGAUAUCAUAAUAUUGCAGAUCUCACAUACUUAAGCAACUAAUGACACAACUUAAUCAUACUAGCUUAAAAUUUUUCUUCAUUGAAGGACCUCAGGGUAGGGAAAUAUUUGACUGCAGCAGAGGAUCCAAGACCCUAUAGUAUAAAAUUUUGAAAGUGAAAUGGUUAAAGAAAUAAUAAUUAAUUAAAUAAAAGAUUUGAAAAAGUGACGGGUUUGUCAUGGGAAUUCAAAGGUGUCAAAGGGCAAACAGGGCAGAUGGGCGGGGCCUAUUGGAGAAGCUCCCUCUUAUUUAAAGGAGUCCGCAUGCAACGGCCAGAAAGCAACCCCAACGCCACAGAGAAAAGGAAGAGAAGAGUCAGUCUCCAUUGAUAUCGUUAUGAAUUUCUGAGUCCUAGAAUCCCGCUAAUUCCAUACUCUUUCCUCUAUUUGUUUCUGUCCUUGUGUCUCUGUCGCUGCUCUAAACUCAGUCCGUUUUGGUGACCAUGAAUCCAUCUACGUCGAAGAGCAAAAAGAAGCAAACGCAACAGCAGGAAACGAGUGGGAGGUUUCUUGGUGUUCGAAGGAGGCCGUGGGGGAGAUACGCGGCGGAGAUACGAGACCCUUCUACCAAAGAGAGGCAUUGGCUGGGCACCUUCGACACUGCGGAGGAAGCCGCCUUGGCCUACGACAGAGCCGCACGCUCAAUGCGUGGCUCUCGCGCUCGCACCAACUUCGUCUACUCCGACAUGCCACCGGGCUCCUCCGUCACCUCCAUCAUCUCCCCUGACGAGUCCCUCCCCGACUUCUCCUCCCACUUCGUCCCUCCCACCACUCAACCCAACCCCAAUCCCAACCUCUUCUUCAAUCCCACUGAAUGCCAUCAAUUCGCAUUCCAGGGACAGUUCCCCACGGAAACCAACUCCUGGGAUUAUUCCAAUCUUUACCAGGAACAGCCUCUCGUCGACAACAUGAACGGCACCACCACCACCACCAACAACCAAUUCUACAAUGCAAACGACCUCCCCCCAUUCCCUUCCCAGGUUUCUGAUCAGCUCCCGAGUUCAGGUUUCGAAAUGGAGCAGGCGACAUGGGGCGACUCAACCAGCCUCGCGGGGUUUUCGGAGCAGAGGACAUCCCCAAAUGAGUUUGACUCAGCGGGGGGCGGGUCUUACUUGGGAUUCGAUUCCACCCAGUACGUGCACAGCCCACUUUUCGGUCGGAUGCCUCCCGUUUCCGACACCCCUCCGGAUGGUUUUGAUCUGGGUUCUUCCUCGUAUUUCUUCUAAACUUGGGUGUUUUGAGGUGUGCGUGUCCUUUUGAGUUUCAGGUUUCGGAUUUCCCCCCCUUUUUUCGGUGGUUUGCUGUGGCUAAAUGCCUUCAUGGAUAUGUCUAUAGCAUCAGAUCGGAUGAGUUGUGUGCUUUCCCCUACUGAGU